UUUUCACAGACGCCACAAAAAGGUAGCCCAGCCUUUGGCUUGGGCUUCACGUGUUCAUCUUUAUGCCUCUCAAUCAUUCGCUUCUCCACCGUAAAUCCAAGCUAACAUGCGGCAGAUAUGGCCCUCAAACCCAACAUCAACUACUGAUCUGUCCUCGCUUCCUUUACGCCUGCCUCAAUGCUCAUGUUUUACUCUCGCAGCUUAUGUUAGCGAGUUUGACUCGCCAAUGUUUGAUUCUGACGGCUGAAAUGGAACUCGCUUUGGUGUUGGAUAAGGUCUAAGUCUUCGUUCUCUUGUUUUACGGACUCAGAAGACGACGCAUCCGGAUUUUUCUUCCAGAUGGAUUGUACUACUUGCAAUCAAGAAUCUGGAAGACUUGAAAUGCAAGAACUGGAGAAUAUUUUGAAAACUUUGACCAAACUAGAAUUGGACUUGGCCUAUUUGUCCGAGAAGUCGAUGAAUCUUCAUGUACUUUUUAUGUGCCUACUGGCUCAGGAGAAUGAUUUAGAAGCAAUGGAUAUUGGAGAAUGAUCAUAUCUCAGAUGAUUCGUUUCGAAAGGUGUUGCCAUUUGAUUUUUUGUCUGCCUUUUUGGACUCUGAGGUACGAUAGCUGGACAGUGUUAUGGACACACUCAAAGCAGAAAUAAUUGAUGUCCGUGGAAUGAUAUCUCCUUGCAGACAAUCAAAUGAAGUUUUCUAUUUGGUAGAAGAGAAAUUGCAUGAUUCUGAAAAAUCGCUCAAUCAAUCUCGACAGCAGAUUUUAGAAGUGAAGAUGCAGUCAACCAAAUUGCAGAGAAUUGUUUUAAGCAGUGGAAAUUGGAGAUUGGAGGAUCCCGUGAUGUCGUCGUCACAAAAUGAUCAAAUUCUGAACUUAAAUGGGAAAUCAAACACAAUGACUGAACAACAAAGACAUAUUUUAAGGAUGUUAGAAAAAUCACUUGCGAGAGAGUUAGAUCUGGAGAAGAGGUUGUCAGAAUCAAAGCAACGAGAAGAGGAGCUCAGAUUGAAGCUACACUAUACCAAACAGGUUGUUUUGAAAAUGGAAGAGGCUGCAGAAGUUGUUUGGGGUAGGUUUCUGGAGGCAGACAAUAGUGUCGAGAUUCUUAUGGGAAUUUCAAAGGAAUUAGUUGGCCGCCUCCAGCUCGUGCAGCUCAAUCUACAUGGUUCAUUUCAGCGUGAAAAUGAGAUGAAAUCAGAAUUUCUAGACUGGACGGCGCAGCUUAAAGCAAAAGAAGUGGCUAUACUGGAGCUCGAGCGAAGGAAGGCCGAACAAAUUGCUAAGAAUGCUGAGCUAGAUAAAUUGAUGGAAGAAGUGAAGUCUCUUGAGGAACAGCUUAGAGAAUCUAGGCUUGAUCUGAAAAGUGCAUAUGAAUCGAAUGAGGCGAUUCAAGAUCAGCUUUUUGAAAUGGAAAAUCUUGUUGAUUCACUAAAAGAAAGCAUCUGCAUAGCAGAAACUAGAGCAGAGAGUGUAGAAGCCAAGCUCACACAGAUCCAAGAGACAAACCUGGAACUUACCGAAGAGGUGAAUUAUCUUAAAGAUAGUGCAAGCAAUAAAGAGAAAAAGGUUGGUUCACUUGAAAAACAGUUGAGGGAACUGGAGAUUCAAUUGCAGCAUGCAAAAUCAUCAUUGGAAGCAGGUCAGGAGCAACAAAACAUGUUAUAUUCUGCAAUAUGGGACAUGGAAACUCUAAUUGAGGAUCUUAAAUCCAAAGUUUCUAAAGCUGAAAGUAAGACCGAUAGAGCAGAGGAGAAUUGCAUUAUCUUAUCUGAAACAAACUUUGAACUCACCAAAGAUCUUACUUCCCUCAAGGCUCGAGCGGAAUUCUUAGAGAAAGCAUUGGAUCAAGCUAACAGUGAAAAAUUUACGAAUGCAAAUGAAAUUAACUUGAGUACCAAGUUUAUAAAGGACAUGGUGCUCCAACUAGCUGUUGAAAGGGAUCGAAUCCAGAGUCAGCUAUCCAUUUUGACAAAUGAUAACAAAGCUUUAAUUGAGAGACUGAAAAACGUCAAAGAUGGCGCAUACGUAACUAACAACAGAGAAGAUUAUGACGAGAAGGACCGGUCAGCUUCAAAGAAUGAUGUAAAUAUACUGGAUCAAUGAUGUCUGAAGAAGCUUUUACGGAGUCUAACAAGGUCAAGAGGCAGAUUCCUUAAGCACCUGAAGGAGGCACACCCAAGUAUUGAGCUGGAGGUACCCAUAUUUUUUGUGUCAAUUUUUUCGUUACUUAUUUCAGUAUCAUUGUAUUCUUUUGGCCUGAAUCUUCCCAACUCUAUGGUUCUUUGUGGUUAAAAUUGUGAUGGCCUUUGAAUCCAAAGAGAAAAAAGAGUUGGGAUAGAGUCAAGCUCACUGCACAUUGCCUUGCCCCAUGGAUUCCAUUAUUGUUGUCAAAUAUAUAUAUUUUUUUAGGUUGUGGUGGUUUCUUUCAACUUCUAGUUAGAGGUUGCGUGAGAUUUUGUUGAUUACCCUAAUGUGAAUAUAAAUUGUUGUAUUUGGAUUGAAAGUGAUGUAUUUCUACCAUUUUCCAAA